AACGGCCUGCGCCGGGUGCUGGAUGAGCUCACUCUGUCUAAGACUGACCUGGAGAUGCAGAUCGAGAGCCUGAAUGAAGAGCUAGCCUACAUGAAGAAGAACCAUGAAGAGGAGAUGAAGGAAUUUAGCAACCAGGUGGUCGGCCAGGUCAACGUGGAGAUGGAUGCCACCCCAGGCAUUGACCUGACCCGCGUGCUGGCAGAGAUGAGGGAGCAGUACGAGGCCAUGGCAGAGAGGAACCGCCGGGAUGCUGAGGAAUGGUUCCACGCCAAGAGUGCAGAGCUGAACAAGGAGGUGUCUACCAACACUGCCAUGAUUCAGACCAGCAAGACAGAGAUCACGGAGCUCAGGCGCACGCUCCAAGGCCUGGAGAUUGAGCUGCAGUCCCAGCUGAGCAUGAAAGCGGGGCUGGAGAACACGGUGGCAGAGACGGAGUGCCGCUAUGCCCUGCAGCUGCAGCAGAUCCAGGGACUCAUCAGCAGCAUCGAGGCCCAGCUGAGCGAGCUCCGCAGUGAGAUGGAGUGCCAGAACCAAGAGUACAAGAUGCUGCUGGACAUCAAGACACGUCUGGAGCAGGAGAUCGCCACCUACCGCAGCCUGCUCGAGGGCCAGGACGCCAAGAUGAUUGGUUUCCCUUCCUCAGCAGGAAGCGUCAGCCCCCGUAGCACCUCUGUUACCACGACUUCUAGUGCCUCUGUUACCACCACCUCUAAUGCCUCUGGUCGCCGCACUUCUGAUGUCCGUAGGCCUUAA